AUGCCUGCUCACAAGACCUCGCCGAGCUGCACUGACCGCGUCAACGCGAAGCUGGUGAGCUCCUCGUCUUUUCCAGUCCAAAUCCCGUGUGUUUUCGUGUACUGUAGAGGUGGACCGGCCCUGCUCCGACGAGCUCUGGCCACCGGCCAUGGCGUGAGUGGUGGCCUCUGGCCACAAUCUCCCCCCCAGCUCGAUCUGCAGGUGACGAAGAGGGUGUGCUUAGUGAGAACGAUUCGGACUACGAGCAGGGUGAUCAAGGCGAGAGGCGACGGUGGCGUGCAACGGCAUCGGGCGGCGGGCGAUGGCAUCGCGCUCCUAGCGGCUGAUCUCGGACUGAAGAUGGAUAUGACUGAAGAUGGAGAUGGCUAGCGGCAGGGCUGGACUGGAGAUGGCUAGCGGCAGGGCUGGACUGGUGAUGGCUAGCGGCAGGCUUGGAGAGGGCUGGAGAUACCUGGAGAUGGCUAGAGAUGGCGACCUGGAGAGGGGAAAGGAGCAGGCGACCUGGACUGGCGGAGGCGGAGGCGACCUAGGCUUGCGGACAAGUUUUGAAUUUGAAUCCCGUAGUCUACCUUUAUGGGCUGUAAUUAGUUUAAUUCCUUGGACGUUUUUGUAAAAUGAUACAUGUGAAGUGCAUGCGACAACUGUUUCUCUAUUUUUUGGUGACAAUCUCGAUUAACUUUGUCGUU